CAUGCCUGCACAUCUACUGGAGCAUCAGGGAGAGUGGCGUGCCCGGGUCCCCCUGAUCUGUUUCGAGGUUGUGGAGAGUCACCUACCUGACCGCGUCAUGCGACAGUUCGGACUGCAGCAGCCUAUUCCCCAGAACUGUGACACUGUCGUGCGCCUUCACGACAUUGACCGUCGGGGAAAGACGGAGACAAACUGGGCACUGGAGCAUUGGCAGUAUCUUCAGCUAUGGGAGCAGCGGUUGGGUCAUGUCGUUCAGGGUUAUCCCAUGCAGGGCGUUAUGGAUCAUGACGAUCCGUACAUGGUGUGGUACAGGCUUAUCACACGCCGUUUCAUCAACCCCAGCUACACACCACCGUCCACCCAUUACCACCCGGCACAUGACGUCAUUAGCGGAUAUGCGGCGGAUAUGGUGGCGAUGUAUGAUGCACUGUCCCUCGCCCUUAUAGACGGACCCACCAGAGCCCAGGUCCAGCGGAUGCGAGAUAUGUCCGCGACUUCCUUACGCAGACAUGGUCACGGUCAUCUCAUCCAACAGCGGGACGGUGAUGAUGGUCACUCCAUCCAUUCGCGGUUCGACCCCGGCCAGAGUAGCAGUGGAGGUGAUCCUACGUCGCACACAGAGGCAGAGGAGUACAUCUUCCACAGUUCUGCACCCUUUAGAACCCAAGAGGACGCAUCUUUUGUUUGCUUAUUUAUCCAAAUCGGAUUUAUGUCAGUCAAAAUAGAUCCUUCAGGGCUAAUGUACAUUAAACAACAGACAUUUGAAAUCCAUAGUCGAAAAUGGGGAAGAAAGGAUGGCCCGUGGUGGUUAAUGUGGUUGUUCAUGGUGGUUUUAGUGUUGUUGGUUGUGGUGGGUGGUUAUCGACGGUUGUUGAAUGGUUGGGGUUGGUGGUGGAGCUGGUUGAAGUGUUGUUGGAGGUCAAAAGUGGUGGCAGAUGGUGGUCGAUGGUGGGGGUUGUUGGUGGAUUGUGGUGGCAAGAAUCAUGGCAGGGGGUGGUGGUGGGGGCAGAAGAAAGUGGCAGAUCAGUGGCAAAAGGCUGAUUCUGCUGCUGUUUUGCACACCAGCAGAGAAACGCUGUCCCAGACAGCGUUUUAG